AUGCGCGAGUCUCUGCUGCCGCCGUCUCUGUAUACGUUAUACGCAAACCUUGUGGCGUACGCAAUGGCCAACAAACGCCUCAGCCAUUCCAAGUGCACUGUGCGCGUGAAGGGCAAAGCCGACGCAGCCCAGGAGUACAACCGCACCUUGUCACUGUUUAUGG